CGUAGGCUUAAGGGGGUCGGGAUGUGUUGUUCUGGAAAGUGUCCAUAAUGGAUGAAGUUGAAAAGCAGUUUGCCAGCCUUCUGAUUGCAAAACGGUCUGUGGAUUUGGAAGACCCUACCUAUUUACUUAAUCUAGAUUGUUUAAAAUCAGUAUCGGAAAAUAGUUGUGAACUGGUUGCAGUUUCAUGUUCCAACCAUUUUAUAAGAGUGUAUGAUAAAGAGUCUCUGAAAUUACUCUCUCAGUAUAAAGGACAUUCUGGACCAGUUUGUGGUAUCAGAUUUGCACAGAAGAAUGGCAAUAUAUUAUUUUCAGCCUCCGGUGAUGGUACUGUAAAGUGCUGGGAUAUACGCUCAUCAAGUUUGGAAGCAGUGCAGAUAUUUAAUGGUUAUCCUUCAAAUGUGUUUACUAGCUUUGAUAUUAGUUGUAAUGACAUUGUCAUUUGUGCUGGCACAGAAAAAGUUGAGGAGGACAGUUUCAUGGUCUUCUGGGAUUCAAGGUUUUGCUCAAAUACUGACCUGUCUAAAGACCCCCUGGGAGUUUACUCAGAAUCUCACAGUGAUGAUAUAACUCAGAUAUGUUUCCAUCCUACAAAGCCCGAUGUUGUAGUAUCUGGAUCUACUGAUGGAUUAGUAAAUAUAUUUGAUAUUAGUAUAGAUAACGAAGAUGAUGCUUUACUUGCCACUUGUAAUUCAGAUUCUUCUGUAAGUUUUGUGAACUGGUGUGGGGAAGAUUAUAGGCAAAUCUGUUGUUUAACACACAGCGAAGGGCUUGUAUGGUGGAAUCUAGCUCAUAUUGAUACAGAAGACCCUAUUACAUUAUUACAGGUGCGUGAUGCCAGAGAAGCAGUACACAUUGAUAAUGGUAACAUAGAUUAUCUUAUUGGCAGUGUCUACCAUGAAAAAGCUGAAAGAUUGUUUGUUCUUGCUGGAACUUUUACAGGAAAGCUUCAUCUUAUAAACUCUUCUACUGAGGGACUGACAUAUGUGUGCUCACUUAAAGAUGGGCACUCUGCUAUGAUACGGUCCUUCCACUGGAAUCAGGAGAACAAUACUCUUUUAACUGCUGGAGAGGAUGCCCAGUUGUUGUUGUGGAAACCAGGUGCAUUGGAAAUGAGUUCUACCAAAAGGGAUACAUUGAAGUUGCCUUCCUCUGUUCAUCAUAAAGUCAGAGUUCACAGCAGCAAAACUUACAAAUCCAAGAAGAAGUGAUAUGAGAAAGCAAAAGUAUAAUGUGAAGUCUACCCCAGUAGAUGAGGCCAGAAUUUUAUCUUUAAUUUGAUUGUAUUUAGCUUAAUGGAUUCUUAUUGGAAUAAGAAAUUGUUUCAUUUUGUGCAAAUAAUUGUAUGCUUGGAACUGCCUGCCUAGCCAGUCAUAAUGUAUGACCACAUUGGUCAGUUAUUAUAAGGCUGUCAAAUCAUGUUUUGCAGUUUGCACUUGAACAAAUCACAGAAUACAUUGAAGUGAGAGAGAAAUCCACUACAGUACACCUAUGAUAGAAAAGUGAGGUAUGUUUUAAAAGAUGUGAUGUUAAGUUGUCAAUCUCACCUUCAUUCUUGCUGG